AAUGAAACUCAUCAAAGAUGGCCGAAAUAGAAGAAGAUGCAAUCGAGGUGAAAUCUUUUUUCUUUUCUUUUUGGUGUCAGUCUUUUUUGAAUAAAAAAUAUCUUAUCAGUUAAUCAGAAGUUUAUAGCAAGUGAGAGGUUUUUUUUCGCAACUUUAUGUUUUGGUGUUGUAAUCAGAUUUGAAGAUAGCAGUCCAUCGCACACAUGUAGGUGAAUUUUGCUCCAUCUAGCGCUUUGUAUUUUAGCUUAGUGAAGGUUUACAUAUUUUUUUCAGGAUGAUUCGGAGACAUCUCAGUCGGAAACGGCAGGAAAACGAAAGAGACUUUUCCACAAGGAACGUAAGUCUCAAUUUACCUAGAGUUCAAAGCACAAAUAUAUAUACUCUAUCUGUCUAUCUAUCUAUCAAAGAUCCAUGCUGGACCAAUGUUCUUAUUUUGUUUUCCAGUGCGAUGUAUGAUGUACGGAUUUGGUGAUGAGCAGGUUCCAUUUACAGAGUCUGUAGAUUUACUGGAAGAUCUUGUAGUGGAAUAUAUCACAGAAAUGGUAAGAAGCUUGUACUUGCCCAGGGCAUCCCAUUAUUAUGUUAUGUAUCAAAGGACGAGCCAAGUGAGGCUGUGGGUAAUCGGCACCUUCACAUGAGACUAUCAGUUGUUUGUGAAGGCCAAACAUCCAGUCAAUGUCCAGUGACUUCUGGCGUACCCCAGGGUACAGUCCUUCGCCCACUGCUCCUCUUAUUAUAUACGACCGACUUUCCAGACAACUUGCAAUCAUCAGUUAGGCUUUUUGCAGUUGAUGCCCUACUUUGCAGCAUUGUUGCAGGCGAUGCAGACUGUGACCUUCUUCAAUCUGACCUACAUGUAUGUAGGCUUGAAUCCUGGCAGUAUUAUGGGCAAAUGGAGUUUAAUCCUUCCAAAUGCAAAAUUGUUACCAUCUCACAUAAGAAAAAUCCACCCCAGAGAAUUAUGUUUUCUGUGGUGUAGAGUUGGAACAGGUUGGUAGUUUCCCAUACCGUGGGGUUACCUUCAGUAUUGUGCAUGCUUGUUAACUUAAGUUCCUGUUUUUCUUGUGACUAGACUCUUAAGGCCAUGGAAGUUGGUAAAAAAGGAAAAGUGCAUGUUGAAGAUAUAGUUUUCUUGAUAAGGAAAGAUCCAAAGAAAUAUGCCAGGGUAAAGGUGAGAAAGUAAAUUUGUUCAGAAAACUUUUAUAAUCAAACAUUGUAAAUAAUCAACAUUAUUAUUCAUUCAAAAUACUUCUCUGUUUCUGAUUGACUUAAGUCUCCUGGUUAAUUCUUCAUAACCAGGUAGUCCUUACCAAAAUUUGGUUGAAAUGGGCAAAAUACAUGUACACUGUACUAAAAAUGAAAGAACAAAUGCAAGAAUAUGCAAAAAAAUUAUUGCUAGCUGAAUGUUAUCUGGUUUUGAGGAGUAUCUGCAAGGAAAAACAAUCCAACAGACCAUUAUUUUAAAAAAAAACUGUGCCAAGAAGCUUUGAAGAACGUAUUAUGAGGAGGUAAGGAUGUUACUUAGAAAUAGUUUGAGUGAAUAAUAAAGCCAUUAUUAAAAUAAUUUGGCUUUCAUAUGACGUGAAGGAUCAUACACAUCUCAGAGGACACCUUCUUUGCUCUAUGUUAUUCUUAAUAUACGUGGCCUCAUUCAGGAAUAAUAUUAGUAUCAGUAAUAACUUUGAUCACCGUAAAUCAACACUCAUUCUAGGGACAGAUUUCUCUCUCAAAAUUAUUGUUUACUGGAGGCUGUGCACCUACUGAGAAAAACAAUCAGUCAGUCAAAAAUCAGCCCAGGGUCCUUUAUUGGAUUUUACACCAAUUUUCUUUUGCCCCAAAUUUUACAUGGGCCUGUCAUCAUAAAAAGUACAUUGUCCAGCUCAUGUGAAGCCAAAACUCAAGUGAUCAUUUUGAAGAAAGCCUUCAGUGUUUGUCCGAUAGGCUGAUGCUAGUGGAUUUUGCCAUCAGGCUGGUGAAUUCUGUUUCUUAAUUGUUUUGGGAAAUUCAAAUUACAGAAGAACUGUAAUCAAUCCUGCUCAUCAAGAAAUUUUUUUGAGGAUAGUUGAAAUGACUUUAAGGCUAGUACAUGCUAGGUACAGCUUGCCCGAAUGGCAAGCUGUAAACCUGACUUUCUUUGCACCCUGUUGAAAGAAACAAACAUUUUAUGUCGCUUGCUUUGUCUUGUUGUUAGUUUUAUGAGACUUAAUUUUUGUGCCUUGUUUUUGUCAGAACAAAAACCUGGACAAUAUUAUUUUUUGAACUGACCACAGUGAUUUUGCUACGGUGAGUCCUGGGACUUAUCAUGUGAAAAAUCAUGAGUCCAAGUCCACAACCAAAAAGUCCCAGUUAAAGAAUAAGUCCUAUAAAAUUGAAAUUGCCCGGCGGGCCUUUAUGUAUUCAAACAGUUAAUCUGAAGACAGAAACUCUGUAUUACCAUAUACUGAAAUUUAAUUUAGAGUCCUUCUUUUUUAAAGCACAACAAAGGCUAAAUGAAAUAUGC